UAACCAUUGUACAAAACCCCAUGAAGUUGCCGCCAUUACCGUUCUGAAACUGGAAGCCGAUAAACCCUAAACCCCACCAAACACUACACUGGCGAGAGACUUCAUUGAGGGAACCUCUUUCGAUGGCUGUCAACGACGCCGAUCAAUCCAAUAAGGCUCAUAGAACUCGUCAAUCUGGUGCCAAAACCAACAAGAAGAAGACUAAGAAGAAGCAGAAGCUGAAUCCCGAUGACGUCGGAGGUGAGGAUCCGAAGAAGCAAAACCCUAAGGCAUUCGCCUUUUCUUCCUCCAACAAAGCCAAGCGCUUGCAAUCACGCGCCGUCGAGAAAGAGCAGCGCCGCCUCCACGUUCCCGUCAUCGACCGCUCCUACGGCGAGCCUGCUCCCUACGUCGUCGUCGUGCAGGGCCCUCCUCAGGUUGGGAAGUCACUGUUGAUAAAGUCUUUGGUUAAGCAUUACACGAAGCAUAAUUUGCCUGAUGUGAGAGGUCCAAUUACCAUCGUAUCAGGGAAGCAAAGGCGGGUGCAGUUUGUGGAAUGUCCGAAUGAUAUCAAUGGCAUGAUAGAUGCCGCGAAGUUUGCCGAUCUAGCACUUCUUCUUAUCGAUGGAAGUUAUGGUUUCGAAAUGGAAACCUUUGAGUUCCUUAACAUAUUGCAAGUUCAUGGGUUCCCGAAGGUCAUGGGGGUUCUCACCCAUCUUGAUAAAUUCAAGGAUGCGAAAAAGUUGAGGAAAACAAAACAGCGACUCAAACACCGGUUUUGGACUGAAAUAUAUGAUGGUGCUAAACUAUUUUACUUAUCGGGCCUUAUUCAUGGAAAGUAUGUCAAGCGUGAAGUUCACAAUCUUGCUCGAUUUAUUUCAGUCAUGAAGUUUCAUCCUUUAUCUUGGCGAACUUCCCACUCUUAUGUUAUGGUAGAUCGUUUUGAAGACAUCACUCCUCCUGAAAAAGUGCACGCAAAUAAUAAAUGUGACAGAAAAGUCACUCUUUAUGGUUAUCUUAGAGGCUGUAAUUUGAAAAUGGGCAAUAAGGUGCACAUAGCAGGAGUGGGUGAUUAUAGUUUAGCUGGUAUUACUGCUUUACCUGAUCCUUGUCCUCUUCCAUCUGCUGCAAAAAAGAAAGGACUGCGUGAUAAGGAAAAAUUAUUUUAUGCUCCCAUGUCUGGGCUUGGGGAUCUUCUAUAUGACAAAGAUGCUGUAUACAUAAAUAUUAAUGACCACCUUGUUCAAUUCUCAAAAGUUGAUGAUGAAAACUCUGCUAUGACGGGCAAAGGAAAAGGCAGCGAUGUAGGGGAGGAUUUGGUGAAAUCACUACAGAAUAUCAAAUACUCAAUCAAUGAAAAACUAGAGAACAGCUUUAUCAAUAUUUUUGGUCAAAAGGCAAAUGUGUCAUCGGGAGCUCUAGGUGAUGCACAUGGCACAAACAAGAAUGUUGAACAGAAUGACAAAACAGAAGCUUUGGAUAAAUAUCAGCCUGGGACUGGUGAAGAUAAUAACAAAACGGAUUUGGAUGUUUCAGAAUCAUCUGAUCGGGAUGAAGAUGAUGCCACUGACAGCGAAGCCUCUGGUUCUGAUGAAGACGAAGAUGCACCAAAUAGUAAUGCUAGGAAUGGAGUCCACUUGCAAGAACAUAUUGAUUUUCAAGAUGGAAGAUGGAGGAGAAGAGCAAUAUUUGGAAAUGAUGUUGAUCAAAAUGAUCUGAUGGAUUCAGAAGGGGAUGAGGAUGGUGCUACCAGUAAUGAUGAUGUAGAAUCUUCAGAAGAAGAGGAGGAAGAUGGCAAUGAUAAUGAUGACACAAAUGAAGAUGACACGGGUAACGUUUCCAAGUGGAAAGAGUCUUUGGCAGAAAGAACUCUCUCACGGAAAACUCCUAGUUUGAUGCAACUUGUGUACGGGGAAUCUACUAUUAAUUCCACCACUAUAAACAGAGAGAAUGAUAAUAGUGGAGAUGAGGAAAGUGAUGAUGACUUUUUUAAGCCCAUAGAAGAAGUGAAAAAGCUAAACAUGAGAGAUGGAUUGAAUGAUGAUGGGAUGUUCAACACUGAGGAUUGUGCGAAGUGUACACAAUUUGUGGUUCAGAGAUGGGAUGAGAAUGAUAAUGAGGAGAUUCGCAACCGAUUUGUGUCUGGCAAUGUGGCAAAGGCUGCACUUAGAAAUGCUUUACCGGCAGCUAAUACUGAAGAGGACAAUGAUGACGUCUAUGCUGACUUUGAAGAUUUGGAAACAGGAGAAAAGCAUGAGAAUCAUCGGACAGAUGCUGCUUUUGCUGCAACAACUCACAAGGGAGAUGAUUUAGAAGCUGAGGAGCGGAGGCUCAAGAAACUUGCUCUUCGUGCUAAAUUUGACUCUCAAUUUGAUGAUGACUCUGGGUCACAAGAGGAAGAUACGGGUAAUGAAAAUGAAGUCAAGUUCCAUCGUGGUCAAGCUAAUGAAAGUAGCUAUUUUGACAAGUUGAAAGAGGAGAUUGAACUCCAGAAACAAAUGAAUAUAGCCGAACUCAAUGAUCUUGAUGAGGCUACUCGAUUGGAGAUAGAAGGCUUCCAAACAGGAACAUAUCUAAGAUUGGAGAUUCGUGAUGUUCCUUGUGAGAUGGUUGAAUACUUUGAUCCCUACCAUCCAAUAUUGGUUGGAGGGAUUGGUAUAGGGGAGGAAAAUGUUGGAUACAUGCAGGCCAGGUUAAAGCGGCACAGGUGGCACAAGAAAGUUUUGAAGACUAGAGACCCAAUUAUUGUAUCUGUUGGAUGGAGGCGUUACCAAACGACCCCAAUUUAUGCCAUUGAGGAUAGUAAUGGAAGGCAUCGUAUGCUAAAAUAUACUCCAGAGCACAUGCAUUGCCUUGCUAUGUUUUGGGGCCCUCUUGCUCCUCCCAACACCGGGGUUGUAGCCAUUCAGAAUUUAUCAAACAAUCAGGCAACAUUUAGGAUUACUGCAACUGCAGUUGUACUUGAGUUUAAUCAUGCAGCAAGGAUAGUGAAGAAAAUCAAAUUGGUUGGUUAUCCAUGCAAGAUAUUCAAGAAGACAGCACUUAUCAAGGAUAUGUUUACUUCAGAUCUUGAAGUAGCUCGGUUUGAAGGUGCAGCUAUUCGGACAGUCAGUGGGAUCAGGGGGCAGGUCAAGAAGGCUGCAAAAGAAGAGAUAGGUAAUCAAGCGAAAAGGAAGGGAGGGCAAACCAAAGAAGGAAUUGCUAGGUGUACUUUUGAAGACAAAAUUCUGAUGAGUGACAUUGUUUUCCUGCGUGCAUGGACUCAAGUUGAAGUUCCUCAGUUUUAUAAUCCAUUGACAACAGCAUUGCAGCCUCGUGACAUGACCUGGAAAGGAAUGAGAACUGUCGCAGAAUUGAGAAGAGAACACAAUCUUCCUAUUCCUGUAAAUAAAGAUUCACUUUACAAGAAAAUUGAAAGAAAACCUAGAAAGUUCAAUCCAUUGGUGAUUCCCAAGUCUCUACAAGCGAGUCUACCCUUUGCAUCAAAACCGAAGGAUAUAUCCAAGCGUAAUAAGCCGUUACUUGAAGAGAGAAGGGGAAGGGGUGUUGUCAUGGAACCUCGAGAGCGCAAAGUUCAUGCUCUUGUUCAACACCUUCAGUUAAUAAAUAGUGAGAAGGUCAAAAAGAGAAAGCUUAAGGAAGAGAAUAAGAGGAAAGCACUUGAGGCAGAGAGAACCAAAGAAGAGCAGUUGUUGAGAAAGCGCCAGAGAGAAGAGAGACGAGACAAAUACCGGAAGGAAGACAAGCAGAAUAAGAAGAUUCGGAGAGCAGAGGUUUGAGUUUACGACUUGAAAUUGUCCAGGUAAAUUAAUUUUGAGGACAAAAAGAGAAAUUACGGAUUCAGCAUCGUGUAGAUUGUUUUUUGAAAUGGUGCUACAGAUUUGUGAAAUUACGGGCAACAUUGAUAGAUAAAAAUGCUCGGGGAUGGAAAUUAGUGAGAUGAGAUUUAAGCGGGCUUCGGCUUCGGCUUCUAAAUCAUGUUACUUGUUAUUACUACAAAUUUAUAGGUCAGUUAAUAGAUAAUUUUUUUUUUCGUGUUGUUACUAGUUAGCUUCGUAACUCGUCUUGAAUAUCAAUUUUGAUCGAGGAGUUGACCCUUCAACCGUGCUUGUGUAAAAAUAUUAUUUCAAAUUCCAUGGAAAAUUAAUUUCUAUUGUUUUAUGAUC